AUGAAAUCUCUUUGGGUAAUUUACACAAUAGUGGUGCCGUUAAUCAUGUGUCAUGACGCACAUGUUUGUGAUUUCAGCCGUCCACAGGGGACGCUUAGCGCCAAUGCAUUCACGUGGUGCACCAUGGAAAUCGAAGACAACUUCGCAUCUAUAACAUGCCCAAACCGAGUUAACGAUACGGAUUAUCGCUGGCAUCCUCAGCCAAGUGUUGGCGAUCUCGCCCAUCUCAACACAUACGUUAGUAGGAGUGGCAAGCUUACUUCUGUUGCGCUUUCCGAUGUAAUAGUGACAGAAGCACGUGCCUUGUUUUCCGUGGAAUCGAAAGAGUCAAGCACGAGCUUGCAUAUCGAUCUUAGCUAUGACGAUAUAUAUGCCAUUACGGAACACCGUUUUAUAUUCAUUUGUGGACCGCAGGACCUUAUUUUGAGUGAUUCGCUGCAACAGAGCAUCGACCGCUUCGAUGGAUUUAGUCGCAUAAAAGAGCUUCCUUGGAUCUCAGAAACUCCAUUGGCUCGGGAAAUUACGAACAUUGGCAAAGGAUUGGGGGCGGUGUUCCUGUACAGAGGGCACCUAACUUUACUACUGCAGGGUUGUGGUAGCCGCCCGUCACCACUGUUUGCUGCGACUAAUGAGGUGACUGUGGAUCCCGUAACUGGCAUACGUUCAUGCUUUGCGGACCCUAUGUCGGAAUCACGCAUCGGAUUUCUUUGCGAAGGUCGGAUUGAACCUGAGGAUUGCAUGAGGUCCCUCAUUGACGAGAAUGGAGAGGUUGUGGCUGCCCCCGAAUCGCACCCGUACUGGAGUUUCGAUACUCAUAAGCCUUGGGUGAUAGCGACAUACUUUCAUAAAUUCGCAUUGCCGCCGUUCAGUGGCGAAUGCAGAUGCAUAGAUUCUAAAACAGGACAGGAUAAAGCUAGGAUAGAGAUUCGUUCGAAAACUAACUACGUUUGUGAUAUUACAAGUAACAUCUUCCGCAACAAAGUUCGCCCCAUCCGUGGUCCUUGGUGUUCGGUGGUACUCCAUCCAGGCAGCACAUUGACGAUAAGGUUCCCAACAAAGGCUGUUGACUUGACUCCCAUAGACAAACAUUCGGACAAGGAUUUGGGCGAACGUUUGUCGACUGUCCCAUUUUCUCAACUGCCGUCAAUUUAUGAAUACGAAACUGAAUUUCUGCCCAAGGACUUGACUACGCUGAGACAACUGAAAAACGCCUGUGACGAUAUAUAUAACGAAAUCUCAUAUGUCAAUGCCCUUGUUGGUGAUGCUCUUGAAUUGGAUGUUUCACAGAUGUCCCGGGGAGAGGUAAAACUAAAAUACCACUUAGGCAAGCCCCUCUCGUUACGAGAUGGAGAGAAUUCGUUCAUUUAUCAUUGGACUUUGGUAUCUAGGAACGACAAUGUUCCAGAUAAGAUACGCGCAAUAGUCAAUGUCUCUUUCGCGUUUACCCAUCACUACCGUAUCGUCAAUUGCGAGCGAGGGACUCCAAGUCUCUUCCAUCCUACGAUUAGGGAGAAGUACUGUUCAACCAAACGUAUGGGCAAUGGAAUAGGGUAUGUUUAUGAAUGCAGGUACCACCACAUGUGGGAUAGUUGGCAGGCUGGCAUCCACUGCAAGUCCGAUGAGGAGCUGUUGCCAAACAACUGUGAGUCUACAGGGUACGACCUUUCAUCCAAUCAGAUUAUAUCGUUCCCUGCGUCCGUCCGUAAGGUGACGCAUCACCCUAUUCGGGGGUUCCAGGUGCUAGAGAUGAAUCAUCGCGAAAGCGCUAUCAGUUAUACUUGCGUCUGUGUUGGCCAAAAUGGAUACGAAAAGUCCAAGCUUAUUGUAGAUCACUUCGAAAGCGAGACGCAUAUAUAUACAGUGCGUCAGGAAUACGCAUCUAUACCGUUGCAACCUUACACGUUGCUUCCUUGGACUGAGGCAGGGUUACCAAGUGAAGAACUCGCAUCGCCAAAAUCUCUUAUCCUAUACAACAUAUCUCCAAAGACAGUCAUACUACGUGUGGGCAGAGCUCUGUUCAUGGUUUGUGAGCACGGGCAGUCGACGUUUGCAAACAACGGAGAGAUCACAACAACAUGGCUGCCAAAGCAACCCAGUGAAUUCCAUUAUAUCCUCAAUCAUACGCCUGAAGGGCCUGAGCUAACACGUAAGAUAUACAAAGAUGCCAUAGCCACAACGGCUGGCGGGUUUGACGUCAGAUACCAAGAGAUCGACAGGAGACCCGGGUAUCAAAUUCUGGUUAUACAAUUGAAUAGGGGUGCAAUAGUAAUAUCCAAAGACCGAUUUCACAAGACAUACGUGCCAAUGACAUUUGUCUGCGGUAAGACACCCGAACCAUCGGAUUUGUCCAUUAUCACUGAUGAUGCAACUACACCACACUCUUCCGCACAGUUCAUACCUCAUACCACAAGAUUCUCAGAAAAUUACACGUGGCACAUCGUUGAUGUUGCUGUCGAGACAACGGACCCGUACAUGCAGGGCUGCGGCGUCACAUACUCGUCGGAUAAGUUGUUCAAGCCUGAGACGCCACAACUUUACAACGGUGAUGGGCAGUCGCAGUUCGGUUGCAAGAUCGAUCUCCAAGCUGCCAAGGAAGCUGCGUUCUACUGCCCGGCGCCGUAUGUCCUGGACCCACCCAACUGCUUCAGCCAAGUAUUAGUGGACGGUAGCGUGAAGAACACUCGUGACAUCAGCGAAUCGUUGGUAGCGUCGCGAUCUAACCACUUUGUCAUCCUUAGAUUCGAUCGUUUCCGAGUAAGGCACGGUGAGACGUUGCGCCAGACGCCUCCGUUGGAGUGCCGCUGCGUCACCACAAAGGAUGUCAUCCUCUCAACCAUGCAGAUCGAGAACUAUUACUCAAAGUGA